AUGGAGGUUUCACAUCUUCCUCCGCAAGAAGACGGUGAGAACCACAUCGGCCAGGACCAAGUCAAAUCUCCUGCUUCUCAGGAAGCCAACAUGAAUAACAUGCAGAAACACCCUCAUGCGAAUAGCAGAACGCCUGAACCUCAGGUAGAUCGACAAGCCAGUAACUCUGAUACGCCGGAUACUCCCGGUGCUCUUGAGCCGUUCGAUUGGGAUGAGUACGAAGCGCGUUAUGAGGCUGCUUUGCGCGACGCCGAUGAACAGGAGCGCGAGAUUCUGAAGGAGGCGGAUGCACUCUCCAAGUACUUCAAAGUUUGGGCAUCGGCGGCAUCGGCGCAUGAUGAUGAACGGGCAGCGAAGCGCUUGCAGACACGAAGACGAUUUGUGAAUCUUUCUGAGGAGAGAAUGGAGCGAAAGCAAGAGCAUUACGAUCAAGUUGUGAAAGCCUUUGAGAAUGCUCUGGCUCUUCUUAGAUCCCAGUGA